AUGGUUGGUGACAAUGACACAGCAGUGACUGAGUUUAUUCUGUUGGGGUUCUCAGGUUUUUGCUCCCUCCAGGUCCCCCUGUUUUGGGGGGUUCUCUGCAUCUACAUGGUCACCUUGCUGGGCAACUCCCUGAUCAUCAUCCUUACCCUGGCUGACCCUGUCCUCCACUCCCCCAUGUACUUCUUCCUUCGCCACUUCUCCCUGGUGGAGAUCCUCUAUACCACCACCAUUGUGCCCAGGAUGCUAGCUGAUCUCAUGUCCACCCACCCCACCAUCCCACUUGUCAGCUGCUUCACCCAGUUGUAUUUCUUUUCUUUCUUUGGGGUCAUUGAGUGCUGCUUGCUCACUGCCAUGGCCUAUGACCGCUAUGCUGCCAUCUGCCGGCCACUGCAUUAUACCACCCUGAUGAAGCAGAGAGCAUGUAACUGCAUGGUGGGGGCUUCUUACCUCAUGGGUGUCAUCACUGGCACCAUUCACUCCAUUUGCAUUUUUUCUUUGCCUUUCCACGGUGCCAACACCAUCCACCACUACAUGUGUGAUGUCAUGCCUGUACUGAGAUUGGUUACUGGGAGCACUUUUACGGGUGAAGUUGGGAAGCUCAUUAUCACUAUAUUCUUCAUUGUGACUCCUUUCUUGCUGAUCGUGACCUCCUAUGCCUGUAUUCUUGUCACCAUUCUUGGGGUUUCAACAUCCCAGGGUCGUCGAAAAGUCUUCUCUACCUGCUCCUCCCAUUUGUUUGUGGUCAUUCUCUUUUUUGGGUCUGCCACUGUGGCUUAUCUGAGGCCAGAGUCAGGUUCCUCUCUGGACACAGACCAGAUCUAUGCCUUUUUUUACACAGUUGUCACUCCUACAUUCAAUCCUUUUGUCUAUACCCUGAGGAAUAAGGAGGUCACAGGGGCCAUGAGGCGUCUCAUGCAUAGGUUCCUCUGGAGCCCUUGA